AUGGGUCACGUCAAUGAAUGCCCCCCAAAAUUCUGCGAAGACGUUUUAUCCCUGCCUCGUAUCGAUAUCUCCAAUCUCCCGACAAGUGAGACUGUUCCGUACGAUCCUCUUUUGGGGCUAACACUCGAGGACACCCAGACUGCCAGCUACAGGGCCGAUAUUCAUGACUCACGCACCGACUUUGAGGCCAUCGCGUUUCCAAGAUCAGCGUCAGCGCGCACAUCCGAGUCCUCGGGUCAGCUCGAUCAAUGGAGUUCUCAUGGAGUCAAUACAGAGGCCAUCUCUCGAGGGUCCAUUCCGGACCCUGGUCCUUCCGCACGCGAUAGCGCAAGCAGGGCAUCUUCUCAAUCAUUCCACGUCGAAUCAAGGCACGGGAGUCGCGCGGAAUCAGCCUCUUCAAGCAGAGCAUCUUCUCACCAGAGAAAGACAUCUCAGCGAUUAUCCACCCAUGCCGUGAAGGUCUUGAACGCAUGGCUUAACCAGCACCAGCACGAUCCCUACCCAACAAGGCAAGACAAACACGAAUUGGAAGAGCAGACCGGACUCAGCAAGACCCAAAUCAUGAAUUGGUUUACGAAUGCACGACGACGCAGGACGAUCGAGAGAAUCCCCACUCCAUCAACUGACCAGGUCAACAACGCCUUCCUCUCGCCGCUCGAACGAUGGAAGCACUCUCCGCCUGAGACCGAAGCAGCUGCUACAUCGGACAUUAUACGCGCAUUAGCGGACACGCCGUGUUCUUCAGAUCAAAGCUCUGCGCAAGGUGGUGUGCCCUUAGAUGGCUGGUCGAGCAACAGCUCCCGAAGUUCGUUUGUGUUCGGUGCACCCUCCAUUGAACACAGUCAGUCAUCGGGUUCCGAGGUAUCAUAUCAGCAUUCCCAUUCCUCGAAUCCCUUUCAACGCCCACCCACACCUCUCCCGGGAAUGAGAACACGUCGUUACCGCCGCAGAAGACCCCCUCGACCGAUGGAAUCAAUGAAACAACGCAAAAAAGACGAGAAGCGGCCGUAUCAAUGCACGUUUUGUUCCGACGUGUUUCGAAGCAAAUAUGACUGGCAGCGACACGAAAAAGCUCUCCACUUACCCGUUGAUCGAUGGCUUUGCGCGCCCGCCGGAGGUAUUAUCGAGGUAGACGGUCUUAAUCAGUGUGCCUUCUGUCGAGAGAUGAAAAUCGAUCCGGAGCACCUCGAAAUGCACAAUUAUCUCGUCUGUCGACAGAAACCUUCCGAGAACCGAGUCUUCUUACGAAAAGAUCAUCUCCGACAACACCUCCGCCUGACGCACGACGUCAGCUAUCACCCAUCCAUGGACGAAUGGCAGGAAUCAACGCCUCGUCUGGUUUCACGCUGUGGGUUCUGCGACGCGAACUUCGAGACCUGGGAAGAAAGAACCGAGCACAUAGCGAAUCACUUCAAAGCAGGCGCGGACAUGAACCAAUGGAAGGGUGAAUGGGGCUUCGAGCCAGAUGUGCAGCGUCUCGUGGAAAACGCGAUGCCGCCGUACUUGAUCGGUCAGGAGCGACGCACAAUGGAUCCGUGGAAAACAAGCACGGCGGUGAGAAGUCUCGAAGAUGAACAGUCCAUAUUCGCGAAUGAAGCGCCGAAUGCCCUAAGUCGGUAUAUGGGUCUCCGACAGGAGAUUCAUGGAUAUCUCCGGGAGCACAUGUCGGUCGGCAUUCAUCCUUCGGAUCAGAUGGUCCAGGACCAUGCACGGUGGAUCGCGUAUGGAAAUGAUGAUCCUUGGAAUCAGACCUACGCUGAUGAUCCGGCCUGGAUAGAGGCGCUUCGACGGGAGGUUGGUUUUGCGGACUCCAUGCUGCUGGAUGAAACAUCGCCUUUGGAUGCUCCUGAUACCAGCAACGAUCUUGGUUUGUCCGAGAUAGAAUUUCCAUGGGAUACUUUAGACCCGGCACUUUACGAAUUAUGA